CUGUAUAGAGUGCCAUCUGUUACGUUUGGUCCCCCCCCCGGGUUUCCUUAUUCAGCCAGAGUUGGUACACGUCGUGCCGAACCAGCCCUCCAGAGAUCGGCGUCGCCAUCACUGUUGUCGUCCUCGUCGUUGUCGCCGCCGUUGAGACAGACAAGAUGAAACUAGAAGCACGAAGCGCCCCCCAUCCCCCUUUUCGUUCCCGUCCUUCGCCAGCGAUGUGGGUAUACCUUGGUUUUAUAUGGGCAUGGAUGGGGGGGGCGGCAGGGCAAAGACGAUGUGCCGUCGGUGAGGAGCGGGUCAGUCCGGGAGGACACGAGCCGAUUGUCUACCCUUGCCGAGCCCGAGACGGCCCCCUUCCUCCCCCCCCUUUCGUUAAAAAACCCUCACUGUCCGUCGCGAAUCGGAUGGACCGCUUCUUCGUUUACGUAACCCCGGCCCUGAGACAACUCUGCCUUAGGCGGUCGGGCGGUCGGGAGGUCGGGCAAGGCAGGGCAGGGAGACUCUCCUUGGCGAUGAUCCAGACCGGUGAUACGAGACUGUCGUGUGUGUUGUGUUCAUCGGUGUUAUGUACAUAUAUAUGCAUGUAUGCAUGCGUACACACGUAGGUAGGUAGCUACGAUAGGUGAGAUAGGUCGGACAGAAAGGGGGCUGCGGCGGCGCGCAUGUAAGUAGCAAAAGAGAGGGCAUUCGAGGCUAGGCGAGCUGAGGCGGAUCGAGGUCUCUGCCGGCAGGGCGGAUGAGCGAU